AUGACGACGACCCAGCAGCGGGAGCAAGGUAGCUCCGAGGCUCGCGAGAGCGAGAAUCGCAUCUCGACUCCUGCAAUUCGCAAGAGCAACUUCGAAUUUUGCGGAUUUAAUUUAAAGAUCGUUCGAUACAUGGAUGCUGAGAUGGGCGUCUCCUCUUAUGUCUGGGAGGCUGGGGUCGUGCUCUGCCGGUACUUCGAAAAAGAGAACGUCAGUUUUACUGGGAAGAAAGUGAUUGAGUUGGGAUCAGGCACUGGAAUCGUAGGGAUCCUAGCAACCUUGCUAGGUGGAAACGUUACCAUGACAGACCAACCAGCAAUUCUGAGGCAAAUAAACAACAACAUCUCAAUUAACGUCCCUUUUGCCUGCAGGCACCGUUUGAAAGUCUGUGCACUGACCUGGGGUGAAGAUCAAAAUAACUUUAAUACUGACUACGAUGUCGUCUUGGGUUCGGAUAUUGUCUAUUCUUCAUCUUCUUACACUGCACUUGUAGAUACACUGAGGCAUCUCUGCAGCCAACGGACAACGAUUUACCUGGCUUCCGAAUUCCGAAAUGGGAAUGGAUCUCUUUCUUUCCAUGAAGUGACUCUGCCUGGCUAUUUUAAUUGCCAGGUUGUGGACAGAUUAGAGACUAAAUACAUAGCUGUCUACAAAUUGACCAAACUUGAUUCUGUCGACUGUAAGAAAUAG